AUGGCGCGUGUUAGUCCGCUCUGGCUGGGCGGUACGCGAGGGCGGCGCGCAAGCGCGACUGUCGCUCCGAUGAAGGCAGGGAUGGAUUCGGUGCUAUAUGAUUUUCAACCCCUUGUAUACUACACUCAGUCCGAUUCCAUACAGACGACGUCUCCCGAAGCAACCUGUCUGAAGUUCGUGGAUCAGAACAUCCUGACCCACGCCCUCUCCCUUAACCGGUUAAAACUGGACCUUUCAGGGUCGGCUGGCUGGAGGGAAGGAUGUCUUCGUGCGUUGGUCAAAUCUAAC